AGUACAAGUUCGAAAUGUUGUUUAUCAAGUUAGUUGAGUUGUGGCUUUAAAUAGGAGUAAAACAUUUAGAUUAAUCGGUUAGCAAAUAUGGUGCGCUCUCAUCUGUUUCUUGCGUUGGCAAUUUUACUUGGUGUGCUUCAGGUGUGUACGUGCAAUCCGAUUGCUCCUGGAGAAGAGCAAGAUGUGACGAAAAUAUUUACAGCCGAUGAGCUGCAACGUGCAAGAAGUGUUGGAAUCAAAGAUCGAGAACUACUCAAUGGAAAAUCGCGAGGCGUUUCCGUAGACGAAAUGGUUAAAUUGAGCGUCUUACAAAAGACCGAAGUGUCCAGAAUCGUUGAUUUUAACGAUACCACACCAUUGACAAUCACCUUCGAGGAAACGCCUCAAUUGUGCGAGAUUUUUGUUCCUGAACACAAAACGGCAGCAAAACAUACAAGCGCUCAGGGGGAUCGAUUAAACGAGCUGUUUGGUGCGCUUGAUGACUUUCCACGCAACAUUCAAUUUCUUUUUCUUCGAAAUUCGAUUUGUGCUUACGCGAGUGAACCCUCUAAGCUCGACAAAUCUGCCGACACUUUCGGCUCAAAAUUUUUACCAUUUAUGAGAUUUCGUUUUUGGAUACUGAAAAGUAAAAAUUCUACGAGCGUAGAGCGCGUUGGUGCUGUUAAACAAGUGUGUUGCGCAUACAACGGUCAAUAUAACAAAGAAGUAACGGAAAUGAAGGUUGCAUCAACUACAUUCACUUUGUCGAAUGAACAAAUUACCAAUUACGACAAACUAUGGAAUGAGUUUGAAGCCACAAACACAUCGCAGUCAUUCGAUCAAGUUUGCAAUUUCCUUCGUACAACCAAGCCAUCCGACAAAUGCUGAUUAAACUAUUGCUAUUAAAACCUGUAACUAAUUAACAAUUUAUGUCAGAGUUCAUUUGUGUUCAUUUUCACAAUG